ACGUAAAAGGUGCAGUCCAAGCCCCAAAUGCGAAGCACCAAUUCCAAGGGUGCGUCGAGCGAGAGAUACUUGACUCGAAAGUCCCAAUGCGAAAACGGGUCGUAUUAAAUGUUCCCAAGUCCAACACCCCUGUAUAACGAGCAGCCGCGGUCGAUCCCUUCGGAUCAUAACUCAGGAGAUUGCGAGUGUGAGAGAAGGAAAGAGACGACAUAGGGCUAACAUGUCGGGAGGCAUCGCGCGAGGUCGUCUUGCCGAGGAACGCAAAGCCUGGCGUAGGAAUCACCCCCAUGGUUUCGUGGCUAAGCCGCAGACUGCUGCUGAUGGGUCCAUCAAUUUGAUGGUCUGGGAGUGCACAAUCCCGGGUAAGACUGGGACUGAUUGGGAGGGUGGCUUUUAUCCCCUUACCCUCCACUUCAGUGAGGACUAUCCAAGCAAACCCCCAAAAUGCAAGUUCCCUCAAGGUUUCUUCCAUCCUAAUGUCUACCCUUCUGGAACUGUUUGUUUGUCAAUACUCAAUGAGGACAGUGGAUGGAGGCCCGCUAUUACAGUGAAGCAAAUUCUCGUAGGUAUUCAGGAUUUGCUGGACCAGCCGAAUCCUGCUGAUCCAGCACAAACUGAUGGGUAUCAGCUCUUCAUUCAGGAUCCCACCGAGUACAAGAGACGGGUCCGGCAGCAGGCCAAGCAGUAUCCAGCUAUUGUCGGAUAAUGUAUUUAGUACCAAUAAAACAUAACUAGGACAUGCCAAAUGGAAACAAAAAAAGGCUAGGGGCAUUUGUUAUGGCCCGUAUUUGUGUUCAGACAUGGAUUUCCUGUGCUGCUGGAUUGCAAGCAACUCUUAUUUAUUGUGGUUCUACUUGAACUCGGACAUGCUUAUAGGGCUCUGCUUAAAAGGCGGCCUAAUGCAUGGGUUGGUGCCCAUUUCAGCUAUGGAGACGCUUUGCUUGUGUA